GGUGUCGCCGAGGAGGCUCCCAUUCGAAGGCGACGGCGGUCGUCUAUAUUUCGGUUGUAAUCUCGAAAACAAGCGAAAUAACUUCCGAGCCGACUGUGAAUUUGUCACACUUUAACGCUGAGACUUUUGUCAGGUUCUUCUCUCGGUCGAGCUUGUGGCAGGGCUCUGGAAUGACGGGGUGUGCCGAGAAUUUGAAUUAGCUCGCCGUUAGUUUGAAGAAAGAGUGAGUCGGGUUUAGAGAGAGAGCGAGAGAGAGAGAGAGGAGCCAUUUUGUCCCGACUGUGUGGGAGAAAAGAAAGAGUGGAAAAGAGGAAUCACACGGGAAGGAGAUCUUAUUUUUGCUUGUUGUGCUCAUGCUGUAGGGGGGAAAACAGUCAAGCGUGGGAAUUAUAAUUUACAGGCACGUUAUUUGGGUGGUAUUUAGCCAACUAGCUUGCCAAGCUAAUCAACAAAUCCCAGAUUGUUAACUUAACAAUCAAGAAGAAGCGGGGUAGUUGGUCAGGUUGGCCAAAGAGCUGGCUUUAGACUCCACAAAGACGUGCUAGGAUAUCAGGGUUUUUUUGUACCUUGUCUGGGUUAACACAAGCUGAUUUUCAAUGGCGAAGAAGACGUACGACUUGCUGUUCAAGCUGCUUCUGAUCGGGGACUCGGGCGUGGGGAAGACCUGUGUGCUGUUCCGCUUCUCUGACGACGCCUUCAACACAACCUUCAUUUCCACCAUAGGAAUAGACUUCAAGAUCAAAACUGUUGAAUUACAAGGAAAGAAGAUCAAACUACAGAUAUGGGACACAGCGGGCCAGGAACGGUUCCACACCAUCACCACCUCCUACUACAGAGGAGCAAUGGGCAUCAUGCUGGUCUACGACAUCACCAACGCCAAGAGCUUCGAAAACAUCAGCAAAUGGCUUCGCAACAUUGAUGAGCAUGCAAAUGAGGACGUUGAGAGGAUGCUGCUAGGCAACAAGUGUGACAUGGAGGACAAAAGGGUCGUACCAAAAGCCAAGGGGGAACAGAUUGCGAGAGAGCACGGCAUUAGGUUUUUUGAGACGAGUGCUAAGGCCAACAUCAACAUCGAGAAGGCUUUCCUCACGUUAGCAGAAGACAUCCUGAGAAAGACGCCCGUAAAAGAGCCCAACAGUGAAAACGUCGACAUCAGCAGUGGAAGUGGAGUCACAGGCUGGAAGAGCAAGUGUUGCAGUUGAACAACAACUCUGUUUCACUCACACUAACGUGCACACACACAUACACACAUUCUCUCUCUCUCUCUCUCUCUCUCUCUCUCUCUCUCUCUAACUCUAACGCUCUCUAACCUGUCUCAUGAGUUUUUCUUGCACACUGACACUCUGUCUGUUUAUCAGAAUAAAACAAUAAACCACUUCACUCGUCUAAUCCCCCCCCUUCCCACAUCAUAUUCUUCCACAUCAUCAUUUUUAUUUCUGAUAAAAAGAGAAAUCCAGUCACGUUUCUUGUCAUUUGUUUUAAAAGUAAAAAAAAAAAAAAAAAAAGUCAAAAGACAAGCUCAUAUUUUUAACAUUUCCUUUGCUUGAGCUCACCUGGUUGGACCCCCCCCCCAAUCCCACCCACAGCACUCACCUUCAGUCAGAGGAAGAUCAAACAAAAAAGACAAAUGUAGGAUUAACAUUUUGUACACUUAGUGGGGUUUCUGUUGUCUAACCGUAUUUGGUCAUUUACAAUUUGUUACCAAGUGACAGAGGCGUGGCUAGCUCCUUUUGUAUGUGGGGGUUUAUUUUGUCCUGUGCCUUAUAUGGAAGACAGGGGCGGGGCUGUGUGGUGGCGGAGACGCAUCCACCCAUUGAGUUUAAUAUUCUCGGUUCAGGCUCCCGACAGGAGGAAGCCGAACUGAAGCGGAAACGUUUGAAUUUCUCCUCCAGCCAAGAGAACGGCAUUAUACAGUAUGUCCUGUUUAUUGAUGUUUUAUUUUUAUCUGUAUGAGUUAUUUUACUUAAAUUUUUUUGAUUUCUAUUUCCCUUUUGGGUUGAUUUAAUUUUUUUUUUUUUUCUGCAUGCAGAUUUCUUUGGGUUGGAAACGUUUCUGUAACAUUGUGUAACGUUUGCCACUGGGUAACUGUGGGCGGGAGGUACACAAGUUCUCUUUGGAAAUUCAAACAGUUUUGCAGAUCCAUUAAAAAUAAGCUUGUUUAAGUUAA